AUCCUGGUUGCUCAUCAAGCUUCGUAUAGAUUCACGUAUAGCACUUGCUUCCUCAGGCCCCAUCGACUGUAGUACGCACGAAGCUGAUCAAUUCUGGCAGCAGAGUUUUGUCAUGUCGCCGACGGUCAUCGUGUCUUAAAGCUGAGCAAGCAUCAGACAGCUGAGCAAGCAUCUGUUGCGCCAUGGUGUGUUUGCUUCACACUCUAGCUGAUCAAUCAUGUGCAUACAAAUCUACAGCCAAUCUCACGUCAUGACCUCGAACAACCAAGACAAAGUCAUCCUCAUCACCGGUACUUCUCAAGGUAUUGGCGAGGGGAUCGCCAAACACUAUCUCAAACAAGGCUGGACCGUCGUUGCUGCCAUCCGUAGCCCCGAAAAGGGCCCCAAUCUCGAAGGCAACGUCAUCACAGUCAAGGCUGAUCAAUCUUCCCUGACCGACUUCCAUAAUGUCAUCGAGGAGCUCAAGACUAAACACAACAUAACCCACUUCGACAUCGUCGUCGCCAAUUCUGGUACAGCAGGUUCUGGCGCCCUCCUCACCAAAGCCUCCCCCACCGAGUUCGACUAUGUCUAUCAAGUCAACACCCGUGGGCCUCUCGUGCUCUACCAAGCUACUAGGCCACUGUUGAAGGACAAUGGGACCUUUGUGGUCAUCUCUAGUCUUGCUGGGUCAUUGCAGAGGACUUUCUUCUGGGAGCAUAUCGGUUUGUAUGGAGCUAGCAAAGCGGCAGUCAACUACCUCACUCGUACAAUCCACUACGAGGAGCCCACUCUCAAAGCAUUCACUAUCCAUCCUGGUGUAGUCAACACGUGCGCUCACCGGUCACCCCUCGUACUUGUUCAAACUUGCUGACAGCAUCUCUUUAGCAAGAUGGCCCGCGAGUCCUGGGACGACGUUGGCAAGCCUCCUAUCGAGCCAGAAACGGUUGAUGAUGUUAUCCGUAAGUGUCUCUUCAUCUCAUCCUUCUCUGCCC